AUGGUGUCGACGGAUCAAGAAGUUGCGGCGUCAGAAACUGAUGGUAGACCAAGAAGAAGAGGAGACGCACCACUGGUUCCGAGCGCCAUGGAUGGCCAGGACCCGUCCAAAAAUCUCUACAUUGGUAUUGUAUUCUUCUUACUACUGAUGGGCGUCACGACGUACACUGCGUAUGCUCUCGGACAAUGCUGGAAUAUUCUUCGUAAUACUUGGCCAAUCUACAAGGUGCAUUGCCGGAAACCGUACGCGUCUAUCGGCUAUCGUGCCAUGGGCGCUAAUGUCAGGAAGUUUGUCUCCGUCAUCAUCGAUGUCACACAAUUCGGAGUAUCAGUGGUGUUUGUGCUCUUGUCGUCGAAAACUAUUCACGACAUGGUCAUG